CUCAUUUAUGUCCUUUUCUAAAUAAAUGAAACAAGAGGAAACAAAAAUUGGGAGGUAAAACCGAUGCAAGAACGGAUCACGCCCGUUGUCAGUUGUUAUCAUUUGGCAUGUUGACAAGGCAAACUAAAAAUAUUUAAUGAUAAACGUUUGUUUAUGUGUAAAUAAAUGUUUAGUGGUCAAUUUCGAACGUCUUAGGGAUUUUCGAAUUCCUGAAUAAAGAUGCAGUCACAGCUUGAAGCAGCAUUAUUAGGUCAAACUUCUCAAAGCAAUAACCAAGAUGUGGAUGAAAACAAAGACAAUAAUUCUCAAGGAAAAGAAAAUGAAGAGACGGAAGAAAUUGAGGUUUCUUUGUUGAUUUUACUUGAUUGAUUGUAUUUUGCAUGGAAGUCGGGAAUGAGAGUAAAUGGUCGAAUUAAGUCACCUGCAAUACAGACGGACAAGGAAAGUGUAGAAGCUGCAAAAAUUCAGCCUAUAAAACCACCGGCGCCGCCAGUUUUUGGCAGGGAGUCUAAUAACAGGACAGUAACACUGCAGAAUUUACUUUCUGCAGGUAUUUUGCAGCCCGGUCCUGGGGCUAUGACAAUAGAGUAUUUGGGUCAAAAAUUCGUUGGUGAUCUUCUUGAAGACGGAAAAAUCCGUAGUCAAGAAACGAAUACGGUUUUUGCUUCGCCCAGUGCUUGGGCAAUAGCUUGUAAGAGGUUCAUUAAUCCCGAUAAAAAAUCCGGUUGCGGUUGGGCUUCUGUGAAAUAUAGAGGGAAAAAAUUGGAUGCUUUCAAGAACGUGUGGUACAAAAAGAAGAAAGAAGAAGACGAAAAACAGGAAAAGCUCAUGAAAGAGAAAGAAGCCGCUAAUAUGGAACAGUUACUGCAAAGAAGCAUGAUGAAUUCCAUGAUGUAUCAACGAAUGGUAUUGAAGCACAAUACCAUCACAAAUAGAACAAUUACACACGACACAAAUACAAUGAUAGAAUGCGUGCCAUUUUCGAACUUAGGAAAAUUACAACCCUUCUUAAUCACCAUGACAACAAAUUCGGCGUUUCUAAUGGAUUUUCAUUGUCAUUUAACAAAAUCUGAAGUGUCCGGUUACCUGGCCGGCAGUUGGGAACCCAGUACCCAAAAUUUAUAUGUGAAACGAGCGUUUCCUUGUCGAUGCACGAAAAAAGACAGGACGAAUUCUCGGUACGUGGAAACCGAAAUAAAAAGAACGAUGGAAAGAGAAAAACUUUCGUUGGUAGGAUGGUAUCAUUCUCAUCCCACCGCCGCAGCAGCACCGACGUUACGAGACAUCGACGCUCAACUAGAGUACCAAAUUAAAAUGAAAGGUGUUAAAGAUAACAGUUAUACACCUUGCAUAGGAGUUAUAAUAUCUCCAUAUAAUUACGAUACCCCAUCAUUGGAAUCGAGUAUAGUAGCCUAUUGGGUCGUACCGCCUCCGGAAUCCAAACCGAACGAAUAUGGUCGACCGAUGCUUAUGUCAUACAGUGUGAUUCAAGAUUCGGUUGUUUCUCCUCAUAUAAAAGACGAAAUGAAAAAGUGCAUCGAAUAUUAUAAAAAAGAGACUGACUAUAUAAAUUUUACAGACGUUUAUAUGGGAACGACGUGCUACGUUGACAAAUUAAGGACUACUCUAAUGUCUAAAUUCCCUCGAGAAGAAUCAGAAACUUCUCUUUGGAAAUUUAUAAAAGAACUUUUAGGUUUACCCGUGGAAGAAAAAGAACCUUUGAUAAGUAUACCGACCGUAUCGAAACCUAGCCAGUUUUUCCAUACUUUCACACCUCCACCAUCUAAUUACAUGUUACCUUCCGAUAUAUCGAGUAUGUUGUAUAAUUCCGGAAAGUUUCCCACCGCCACGAGUCUACUAGGUCUACCGGAUCCGAUGGCGCAUAGUACGCUAGCGGCUAACAAUAUGUUUUUACAAAGUAAUUAUUUUAAAAUGCAAGAUAUGUUUAAAUCGUUUUCGUCCGAAGCUCAUCUACCUCCACCGCCGGUUCCUCCACCUCAAAGAAUGAGAAGCGACAAGGCGCAUCCGACUAGCAGCGCCGCUUUGGGAGCCCCGUCGACUUCUUCUUCGCCAAAACUACCAUCCGAAACUAAAACGAAAAAGAAUCACUACCACAAAUCGAAACGGGAAUAUCCCCAACAUGAAUUCACCAUGCCCAAGAUACCAAAAGAAGGAUUUUCGAUGACUGAUUACAUAUCUUCGUUGGGAAAGGCUACGGUGACGAAACCGGAAUUUUUAAUGCCCGAUUUGAGUAGUAUAAACAAACAUCUGAACGAAUUUAGUUUAAGUAUGGGUAGGAAAAAAGAUUACGGCGAAAAACCGUCUAAAAUACCGAAAUUGAAUUAUUCCAGCGGUACGCUAGAUUUGAGUUUUACGAAAAAACCUCCUACCUCUUCGUUUAUUUCGGACGUACCGACCGAUCUUACCGUCAGUACGAGCAAAAGGGUGAACGAAGGUGAAAGUAAACCGUUGAAUCUAAGCGCGGGGUAGUUAGUAGGAUAUAAGACGAUUGUUUUCCGGUUUAAAUGCUCUAAGACGGUUGAGUGUGUUAUUGACAGAUGACGGCCUUUUUUCUGGUUUUAAUGAGAUCUGGUGGGGUAUAGGAAAUGAUGGUUGAACAGACGAUAGCGAACGGUUAGAUAAAAUAUUGUAAAAAAUAAAUACGGAAACCGAUAAGUAAAUAUAUUUUUUAGUAACAUCCCUUUAGUAAUGAGAUAAGUUCGGUGUAUUCAAAUCUAGUAACGGAUAUUUAUACUGUGAAGCGGCGGGGAAAUCUGUAUCUACAAGUAUGCAGCUGGAAUACACUAAUACCCACUCUACUCAUGUCUCCUGUAAACUUGAGCUCCCUCGCAGUAACCGACGUCAGGCAUUACUUCCUUGCUCUUGAUACUUUGUUGUCUUUUUCUCACUUCUCCUUUCUACUGCAUCAUUUGGCCGUCUUCUUUUUUCAAUAUCUUCCGGUUAGACUUAUACAGAGUGAGUGUAUUUAUACGGUCUCUAAUGGGCGACUGGUAACAUUUUUCGAAAAACCAAUUAUAACUACCAUCUUAAAUUAUUUCCAGUCAUACAGGAUGUUUCAAAAGUAGUUAGGGUAGUAGGGUAUGAAAUAGCCUCUCUACCCAUUUUUUUCUCUUGUAUUGUCAUGCAGCUCCUUGUGGUUUAUCCUUUGGGAUGACGGUACCAAUGUAAAAUGAUCUACAUCAAAUGUUCACUCAUUUUACUAUCUAAAUUACUAAUUUAAUUGGUUAUACGUGUACAUUUUGUUUUCUACAACUUAUCAUGCUCUUGCUUCUUCUCUCUUAUAUAAAGCUAUCAUGUAGACUUCUAUGUGUAUUUUGCUUUCUUCUAACUUAUCGAGUUUAUAUUGUAUAAUACUAACCCUAACAGGUGUUUCUUCAUUUAUUGAGCUACUUAGAGACUUUGGUAAUGUUCACGAAAUACCAUUACCGGUGGUAAAAAAUUAUUUGAUUCAACAAGUAGCUGAUUGUAUUCCUGGUUCACUACUUGUUUCAGAAUUAACUUUUUUGGUAAUUAUUUUUCUGGGCUUCUGUACAGUGUAAGUUGUUAAGUUGUUUGUGCCAUUCCAAACCUACAUUUUUAUUAUUUUAUUAUAGCUACUCUAGUACACUGGAUUUCAUAUUCAGCUACGCUAUUUUCUUGAACCUUGAACUAUAAUUUUUAGUGAAAUUCAUCUCCAAAGUUUUUCCUUUCUUAAACGUAUCUAUACAGUGUUGGAAAUUUAACCCCAGUUCUUUCUGCUACUUUUUUUAGUAAGUUUUUCUUCGAUUACUAAAUUCAUUUGGAGUUUCAUUGUAAAAAUUUUCAUUCGACAAUGAAACUUUUCCCUACAUUUACCAUCAAGGUUAGGUUGAAUAAUUGAAUAGUUUAAAUUAAUGAGAUGAUAAAUUAAUCAUUAGAAGACAAUUUAUCGUUUAGAAAAAAAAUACCCCAUAAAGAACGAGGCAUUUAAGUAUCCGGUGCUACUUGUUAAAGGGAUGUUAUUCCGAUCACUAUUUUUUUCUAUCAGCCUAAUAUUGUUACUCCGAAUGGAAUUGGAAAAUCUAUUCGAAUAAAACCCAAACACGUUUAAUUGAAUUUACAAAUUGAGGAAAGUAUCGGUUUCCGUUUUAUAUGAAUUUUUCUCCCAGAGGGUAACGAAAGUUUUUAUUUUUGUAGAAAUGAUUACUGCUAUUUUUUUUUUAAUAUAGUUGGGAGAUAAACGAAUUUCAGUCUCUUUAUCCACCAACUAAAGCGUUAAACUUGAAUUUUUAUUUACCUCUCUAUAAUACUAAAUGUUCUUUGAAAUUAAACAUCAGUAUUAGUAUCACAAACAAAAUUUUCGAGAGGAAACUGGCGUUGUAAAUAAGAUGAGUUUUCGACUUUUUUGAUAUUAUAUCUGUUUGAAAGGUAUUAUAAAUAAUAAAACUCAUUUCAAUUAUUAAAAAUUUGCUAUGCAAAACCCUUUUUUGGUAAAAAUCUUACACCUGCCACGUUAAUCCUUCACCUAACAUUUUCUAGUCCUUUCUCCUCGUUUUUUUCUUUUUCGUUGUAUUAAAAUAUUUUGGUUGUACUGAAGAUUAGUUACUAACCAAAUGUUUUUUGAUAUUAGAUCUGUUUAAAUUUUAUUAUAAAUAAUGAAAACCCCUUUUUUUAUCAACAACCCCACUUUUGCUACAUUAAUACUUUACUCAAUCUCUUCUACUCCUUUUUCCUCAUUGAUGUUGGUCACUGUAUUAAAAUCUUCUGAUUGGUUGCUAUCCAAAUGUUUUUUUUCCACUUAAUCUAUUUAAUUAUUAUUAUAAGUAAUUAAAACCCUUUUUUGACAAAAAUCUUACACCUGUCAUGUUAAUCAUUCAGCUAACCUUUUCUAGUCCUUUUUCCUCGUUGUUGUUUGUCACUGUAUCAAAAUAUUUUGAAUAAAAAUUAAAAAAUCGUUUUUAAAACUACCCUGUAUUUACAAGGAAUAGUGCAAAGUGCUCAUCAAUAAUCCUAAUUGCUUAUAACCCCUACUGGUAAUCAAAACCUUUUGUAAUAAAAAAAGGUUGAGUCUACCUAUUUAAAGAAUUGUAUUUAACUUUUUGGACUAUUAGCUCUUUAAAUUAUUAUACAUAAUUUGGGUCCACCUUGUACGUUAUUAAUUAAUGUUUCGAGUGAUCAAUGGUACUUUGAUUUAUAUUUAUAUCGUACUUUUUGCGUCCUAACAUUUUGUUACAUGCCACUUGAUGAAUAUGACAAGGAUAAUGGUACUAAUUUAUUAAAUUUUAUAUAUUCUUAUCGGUUUUUGACAAUUGUGCAAAAUUUUGGAUUUAUCUAGUCGUGGGUAAAGUCAAGAGAUUCUGUUACAUGAUAUCUUGGUAUUGAUAUUGGCACUAAUUUAUCCAAUUAUCAAAUUCGGCACUUGUGUAAAUUGAAUCGAUAUGUGCAAAAUGUUAGGUUUUUGAAAAAAAAAAUUGAACUGAAUUUUUGUUUGAGUUAUUUUUGAAAAAUUUUUGCACUAUAAGGGACAAAAAGACUUGAUACAAAGCAACUUAAUGGAUGGCAAAAGAAAUUUGUAAACCUCUUCUUUCUUUCACAAUAGGUCUGUAGCAUUUUCAUUCUUCGAUAUCUUUCCUUAUCUUGACUCUAGGUUGUCCCUCCACCUGUUUCGUGGUCGACCUCUACUCCUUAUUUUAAUCGGAUUAGAAAUCAUUAAACUUUAUUUAUAUUAUAUAAUAAACUGAAUAUUUAUAAUACAUUCGCCUUUCUGCACCUUCGAAAUUAUGUUGUAACCUAUUAUAUAUGGUACCGGGAUAUUUUUAAAUUUCCUCUCUUUUUAUAAUAUUUUCCACAUAUUCUUCGUUCAUUGUUUUUUUUAAUUAUUAACAAAAAACUAAAAAAAAUAUUCACAAUUGCACUAAAAAAGUUUUCAAUACAUUUCCAUCCAGACAUUAUUGCAGAUAAACUGAUCUACAACACAAACUAUAAGUUGAAAACGCAUCUUAUAAAUAAUAUCUUUUCUCUCAUAGUUGUCAAAAUUUAAUUAACGAGUACCAUGUGAUGUACAGGUAUUUAGGUUGUGUGUACAGUGCCCAGUCUCCAUUAAUUUCGGUAUUUUAACCAUUUUUACUUAAAGCAGUUUUCAAGGGUAUUUAUUUUGUAUUAUAUUUUCAUAUGUUUGCCUUUUAAGGAUUCAACUUUUAGUUAUAAACAAAUUGAAUUCAGUCUAUUGAUUUUUUAAAUCCUAUUGACUGCGCCAAUUGAUUUAUUCUCUUGUAAAAUAUUAAUAAUCUAAUUCACAUUUUAUUUAGAGGGUGUUGUUUAUAAAUAGUUUUUUGUGUGAAAUAAAAUUAUUUAUAACUUUUUUUUAUAUUUAAAAAAGUUUAUAAUGGUGAAAAUAAUUCGAAUAAAUACCCUGAUAAUUUUAAAAUCCACUGUAUAGAGAUGUUUAUUAACUUAAUGUAUUAUAAUUUUUAUGUGAUAUUUUUAACUAUAUUUAUUAUUUUUUUUAUUUUUACAGAGACUGAAUUUUAUGUGUUUGUACAUGUUUUAAUUUAUGUCACACAUUUUGUAAUAUGGCUUUUUUACCGAAUUUUUAUAGAUUGUAUAUAAAAUUGAAAAUACAUUUUUUAUUCUUUUA